AUGGAGGCGCCGCAUAGAGCGGACUGCCUGGCGGAACUUCAGCAUCCGGCAUGGAUGACUCUACAGCAUAUCAGACGCACGACUGGCUCCUUCGGCAUGCCGGAAUACUUGUCGACCACCGCAUGGAUGAGCAGCUCAACUAUGCCUUUCACCAAGUUCCAGAUAAAGACACGAGUCUUCCCAGGCCAACAUAUUCGCAACUACCCAGGAGCCACGAGGACCAAAGAAGAAGAGGUCCAAUAUCUCGAGGUCAAACAAUAUACGCCUCUCACGAACCUCGAUCCGCAAGAAGGCGACAUCACCAUCCUUGCAACAUGCGCCACAGGCUUUCCCAAGGAAAUGUACGAGCCAUUAUGGGACGAACUACUAACCCACUGCUCUACCCAAGGCCUGCGCAUCCGAAGCAUCUGGUGUCUUGACAAGUCAGAUCACGGCGGAAGCGGCAUCCUCAAUGAAUUGACGCAAGGCGACGACCCUAGCUACUUCGACCUCGCCAGAGACAUCCUGCUCAUGACGAAUACGUUCCGCGAGCACAUGACGCUUCCGCUGGUAGGGAUUGGUCAUUCUAUGGGAGCAACGGCCCUACUUGAGGUGGCGCGCAUCCAUCCUCGUCUGUUCUCGUCAUUAGUCCUUACGGACCCGAUCAUCGGCAGUGAAAUGAAAAUGGUCGGUGCAACAUACACCUUCAUGAGCUCCCGGCGGCCCGACCUUUGGGACUCUCGCAAGGAGGCCGAGAACAUGUUCCGCAGCGCGAAGCCUCUCAAAGCCUGGGAUGCGCGUGUCAUGGAUCUAUGGCUGCAGUACGGCUUGCGAGAAACGCCCACAUUACUGUACCCGGAGCCAGGCAAAGUUACUCUGCGCAUGCCGAAGACCCAAGAAGUCUGGAACUACGCACGCUCGUACUUUGAUGGGCCUCCAGAAGACGCCAGCGAUCCACCAGAACGCAGCCGGAUCAAGUACCCAGAUGCCCUGGAGUGGAUAGCGGACGUCCACCCUUUCUACCGAUCCGAAGGAAUGGCAGCGUGGGAUCAUCUGCCGCAGAUUCGCUGCUCGGUGUUAUACCUAUUUCCUGCUGGCAGUCCGCUUAGCACAAAAGAGUCUAUGGGCGAGAAAGUCGCCCGGACAGGAAGUGUUGUGGGCGGCAGCGGUGGGACGCCGUAUGGUCGGACGGCUAGGGAGAUGUUGCAAGGUUCGGGGCAUCUUGCACCGUUUGAGAAGCCGGGUGAUUGCGCGGAGAAGGCUGUGGAGUGGCUGGCUAGAGAUAUCAAGGCUUGGCAGAGGCGAACGGCUUUUGAGAAGAAGAAUAGGGAUGAUAAGAGUAUCACCCAGAUUGCCCUCUCGGAGGAGUGGAUGAGGAAGUCGAAAGAGUGGUUUGACAAAACCAUGCCCAAGCAGAAGAGGAAGCCGAAGCUGUAA